AUGGACACCUGGAAUCACACAAUUGUGGUUGAUUUCAUCCUCAAGGGACUCACAGAUUCCAAGGAGAUGAAGCUGGUCCUUUCCAUGCUCUUUAUCCUCAUAUACCUGAUUACUGUGCUGGGGAAUGUAGGCAUGAUAUUGCUCAUUCGAUUAGAUGUCCAGCUUCACACUCCCAUGUACUUCUUUCUCACCCAUCUGUCAUUACUUGACCUCAGUUACUCAAAUGUCAUCACACCCAAAACCUUACAGAUCCUGCUGACUUCCUCCAAGCAUAUCUCCUUCAUAGGCUGCUUCACACAGAUGUUCUUCUUUGUCCUCUUGGCUGCUACUGAAUGCGUUCUUCUCUCCUCCAUGGCCUAUGAUCGCUACGUAGCUAUCUGCAAUCCUCUACACUAUCCAGUCAUUAUGUCCACAAGCCUUUGCCGUGCCCUCCUCACUGUGUCCUAUGUGAUUGGAGCUAUGGAGUCUAUGAUCAAUGUGCUUUGCAUGAGAAAGGUCCAAUUAUGUAGAUCCAAUGUAAUCUAUCACUAUUUUUGUGACACAUCACCAAUUUUAGCCCUGUCUUGCAGUGACACUCAUGACAUUGAACUCAUGAUAUUUAUUUUAGCUGGUUCUACUCUAAUAAUGUCUCUUGUGAUACUUUCUGUAUCUUAUAUAUCUAUUCUUUCUACCAUCUUAAAAAUCAAUUCUGUUUCAGGAAAGCAAAAAGCCUUCUCUACUUGUGCCUCCCAUCUCCUGGGAGUCACCAUCUUUUACAGCACCAUGAUGUUUACUUAUCUAAAACCAAGUAAGUCCUACACCUUGGGAAAGGAUCAAGUGGCUUCUGUUUUUUACACUAUUGUGAUCCCCAUGCUGAAUCCACUCAUCUAUAGUCUGAGAAACAAAGAAGUGAAAAAUGCAUUCCUUAGAGUCUUACACAGGAGAGAGGGCUGCAAGUAA